AUGCAGACUGCUUCUACAAACAUUUGUGAAAGACUGUGCAAUAAGUCCAUCCGUGAAAUUUCCUUGCUACUAAAUAUUCCACGGUCAACUGUUAGUGGUAUUACAACUAAGUGGAAGAAACUGGGAACAACAGCAACUCAGCCACGAAGUGGUAGGCCACGUAAAAUGACAGAGUGGGGUCAGUGCAUGCUGAAGUGCACAGUUCGCAGAAGUCGCCAACUGUCUGCAGAGUCAAUAGCUAAAGACCUCCAAACUUCAUGUGGCCUUCAACUUAACACAACAGUAGUGCGUAGAGAGCUUCAUGCCAGAUGUUUCAUCCCACUGGCUAUGUCAAAUGACAGGCACCAUCAAAUAGGAGGUCAA